AUGAAGAUGGUGGGUCGAGGUCGAGGUCGAGGAAAUAUUAACUCUAAUAACUAUGCAAAAAGUUACACGACUAAAAGAUUACCUCUUCUAGCUGAAUAUGAUGAUUCGCAAAUGUCUGAUGAUAUGGAAAUGGAAAAUCUCGGUAACCAAGAUUGUUUAAAAAGUACUAAGAUUAGUGAUUGUUCUUAUCUAGGAAUUGCUUUUAGUAAUCCAAGUCAAGCUAGGCAAAGAGGUAAAGCUGAAUUGCUUUUAUUACUCCACGUCAAGCAAAAGAAAGAGGAAUACUUUAUCAUUUCGGAUGAGGAUGAUAGGCUAAAUAAUUUUUGCAUAGCAACCAUGCAACGUAUUUACAAGACUUGGAAAAAUAAAUUGCAUGGUAUUUAUAAGAGCUAUAAGACCGAUAAUGAGCGCUUGAGAAAUAGACCUGAUGACGUAGAAGAACAAUAUUGGAAUCAUUGUGUCAAACAUUUUGGCUCUGAAAAAUUUAAGAAAAUUAGUGCACAAAAUUCGAACAAUGCUAAAAAAAGGAAGCAAAAGCACACAACAGGAAAUGUUUCGUUCGCUGAAACUGAAGAAAGGAUGGUUGAUCCUAUUACUAAUGAAAAACCUUCUCUCCCUAUAAUUUGGCUACGACAACAUACUCGAAAAACACAAGAAGGAGGAAUUGAAUGGGCUGAUGAAUAUUCAAAAAAAAUUGGUGAACAACUAGAACAAUUGGUUGAUCAAAAUUCAAUUGAGGGAGAAAUUCCAAUGACUAAUGAAGAGUUAUAUGAUCAAGUUAUGGGAGUACGGUCAGGUUAUAGAAGAGGUUUUGGAUAUGGAAAGAAAGGUUUUAGAAAAAACGCUUGCCAAAAUGAAAAGCAACAACAAAGAAUUCUAGAAUUGGAGCAACAGUUGCAAGAACUUCAAGAUCAAUUUGACAAUGAACAUGAACAACAGAAACAACGUGAGAAAGAAUUUGAGACAAAAAUUCGAGAUCAAGUUUUGAAAGAGAUGCAAGAUAUUUUGAAACAGAAUCCUUUGAAUUUCUCAAAUUACACUGCACCAGUGUUAGAUGAUACUUUACUAGAGGAGGAAUAAUUUCAUCUACAUCACAAAUGGCUGUACGGAGCUACAUUAUAUUGUUUAAUUUUUCAUUAGCAUUCUAGUUGGACAAUUUUUUGCUUUUUUUGUUAUGUUACAGCAAAUAUUAUAUCAACAGUGGUUAGAUAGUUUAUCUAAUCUUUUAAGUUUAUCAAAGCUAUAAUUAUUUAUAUUAAAUUUA